CGCUUGCCCGGGAACCAGGGCCACCAUGCCGGCGAAAUUCCCGGGGACGCCCCGCUGCUCUUUCCGCGCCUUGCCUUUCCUUUUCGGCGCAGCUGCCCUGCUGGGGCUGCUGCCGGUGCUUCGGAGCUCUGGCUCGGAUACUCCAUCUUACCCCAACUUCGUGGCCAGGGGCAUCACCUCCUCCCCGCCGGUGCCCGCGGAGAGCCCCCCCGGCUCCGGGCACCCCAAGAACGUUUCCACCAAUGGGCACGGCAAGGCUCGGAAAGCUUUUCCAGUCCUGGGCAUUGACUACGAUCAUGUGCGCUUGCCCUUUGAGAUUGCCCUCUGGAUCCUGCUCGCCUGCCUGAUGAAACUGGGGUUCCACGUGAUUCCAACCAUUUCCAGCAUUGUUCCUGAGAGCUGCUUACUCAUUGUCGUAGGACUGCUGGUCGGUGGGCUCAUUAAAGCCGUGGGAGAAAACCCCCCAGUCCUAAAUUCAAAUGUCUUCUUCCUCUUCCUUCUCCCACCCAUCAUCCUGGACGCUGGCUACUUCUUGCCCUUGCGCCAAUUCACUGAGAACUUGGGCACAAUCCUGAUUUUUGCCGUGAUUGGGACAUUAUGGAAUGCUUUCUUCGUGGGGGCUCUGAUGUACGCCAUUUGCCAGAUGGGUGGCUCCCCUUUAUCCGACAUUGGCCUCCUGGCCAACCUGCUUUUUGGCAGCAUCAUCUCAGCAGUGGACCCUGUGGCCGUGCUGGCUGUAUUUGAGGAGAUUCAUAUCAAUGAACUUUUGCACAUCUUGGUGUUUGGCGAGUCAUUGCUGAAUGAUGCGGUUACUGUGGUUCUCUACCACCUUUUUGAAGAGUUUGCCACCUUUGAACAAGUCACCCUCACGGACAUCGUCCUGGGCUUCCUGAGCUUCUUUGUGGUGUCCCUGGGGGGCGUCUUUGUCGGGGUUGUCUACGGCAUCAUUGGAGCCUUCACCUCCCGCUUCACCUCCCACAUCCGUGUCAUUGAACCUCUUUUCGUCUUUCUUUACAGUUAUAUGGCAUAUCUGUCUGCAGAACUCUUCCACCUUUCAGGCAUCAUGGCGCUGAUUGCUGCUGGGGUGGUGAUGCGCCCUUACGUGGAGGCCAAUAUCUCCCACAAGUCCCACACCACCAUCAAAUACUUCCUGAAGAUGUGGAGCAGCGUCAGCGAGACCCUUAUUUUCAUCUUCCUUGGUGUCUCCACCGUGGCCGGGACCCACCACUGGAACUGGGCCUUCGUCAUUUGCACUCUGAUUUUCUGCUUGAUCGCCAGGGUUCUAGGUGUCCUGGGGUUGACGUGGUUCAUCAACAAAUUUCGCAUUGUGAAGUUGAGCCCGAAGGAUCAGUUCAUCAUUGCCUACGGCGGCCUGCGAGGGGCUAUUGCCUUCUCUCUCGGCUACCUUCUGGAAUAUCAGCAUUUCCCAAUGCGAGACAUGUUUCUCACGGCAAUCAUCACAGUCAUAUUUUUCACAGUCUUUGUGCAGGGUAUGACCAUCCGUCCUCUGGUGGACCUCCUGGCCGUGAAAAAAAAGCAGGAAACCAAGCGAUCCAUUAAUGAGGAAAUUCAUACUCAGUUCCUGGAUCAUCUCUUGACGGGGAUUGAGGAUAUAUGUGGCCAUUAUGGACACCACCACUGGAAGGACAAGCUAAACCGUUUCAACAAGAAAUAUGUGAAGAAGUGCCUGAUUGCUGGGGAAAGAUCGAAAGAACCCCAGUUGAUUGCCUUCUAUCAUAAGAUGGAGAUGAAGCAAGCAAUUGAACUGGUGGAAAGUGGUGGUAUGGGCAAGAUCCCGUCUGCUGUCUCCACUGUUUCGAUGCAGAAUAUCAAUCCGAAAACUUUGCCGGUAGAACGCAUUUUGCCAGCUCUGUCAAAGGACAAAGAGGAGGAGAUUCGAAAGAUCCUGCGCAACAAUUUGCAAAAAACCAGGCAGAGGUUGCGGUCGUACAAUCGACACACCUUGGUAGCAGAUCCUUAUGAAGAAGCCUGGAACCAGAUGUUGCUGAGAAGACAGAAGGCUCGGCAGCUGGAACAGAAGAUGAACAACUACCUGACAGUGCCGGCACAUAAAAUCGAUUCACCAACCAUGUCAAGGGCACGCAUUGGUUCAGACCCCCUUGCUUAUGACCCGAAGCCGGAUUCUGAGAACCUCCCCAUCAUAACCAUUGACCCAGCAUCCCCCCAGUCUCCGGAGUCUGUUGAUAUGGUGAACGAGGCACUGAAAGGGAUGAAUCACCUUCCACCCUCCCCGGAGGAAGAUGAAGAUGAGGAAGGGCUGGUAAUGCGGGUCAAAGAGCCUUCCUCUCCAGGCACGGAUGACGUCUUUACUCCUGGAACAGGCGACAGCCCCAGCAACCAGCGGAUUAUGAGAUGUCUGAGUGAUCCAGGGCCCCGGCCAGACCCUGAAGAGGGGGAGCCCUUUAUCCCCAAAGGGCAGUGAGCCCUGAUAUGCACUACUAGGCCUAACUUGUAGGGGAGGCUCUUGCACUCAUGUGCAAAUACACACACUCUGACACUCAUACACCCAGUUAUGCCAAUCUCUAUUUCUUUGUGUCUUUCUCCUCUCUGUCUUUCUCUUCAGUGUGGGAGCUUUGCUAGAAGGCAGAAGAGAACAUCUAAAUGGAACAUACUUUGUGACCAGAGGGAACAGAUCUAGAAUUCAGACCUAGAUUCCAUAUUCGGGGUUGGGGAAUGCCAGUCAUCCUAUCCAGAGAAAAAUAUAUCCUCCUGGAUAGCAGCAUGCUCUGACCCACUGUUGCCUUCUCCACUGGCAACUGCACCUCCUUGUUUACUUCAGAGAAACAUCUUUGCUAUAAUUUCUCCCUCCCCACCUUUGAAACACACCAGAAGAGCUGAGAACGUUGGGUGCUCAGAUGUAUCAGAUGGCGUUGCAUGAUGUCCCGCAUAUUCAUUGGGCAAGCAUAGUCACCUAUUUCUAAGGUUGUUUUUUUUUUAAUUUUUGAGCCACUGGUGUUUUAAGCCAGUUGGCCCUUGUAACCUCCAUACAUUGUUUCCAUCCUCAGUUGUAAUGCCAUGUUUCCUCUAUCUUUUCUUCUAAGCAUUAGGGUUUAUGAGUUUCUUUUUGUGGGCUUCUUUUUAAAUCCCAUGAGCCAUAGAUAAUUAUUCUAAAUUGUUGGCGUUCCAAAUCUAGCAUCACAGGUUUCCUUUACUUUAUGGUUGUAAUAGCUUUAGUUUAUUUGUCUCAAUUUUAUGUGGUAAAAAUGAGCAGGUUAACUGUAACCAAACAUUGCUCUUAUACCAGUUUUGAACAUAUGGGUAAGGAGGUAUGGGCACAUGAUUCCCGACUCUUCAUUUGGUUCAUCAGAUUUCAUUUGGCCCUCCUUACAAGAUGCUGCCAUCUGAUUAAGGCUGUGCAGAUAUGUUGAGCCACUAUUCCUAUAUGUCCAGCCAUGGAAGGGAAUUAUAGCAUUGCAGUCCAGCACAUCUGGAGGGCACCAGGAUGAGGACCCCUCCCAUGUGUGUCUUUCUCUCUGCUGAUUCACUUCUUAUUCUCCUUCCCUGAAACUAUCUUCUUUUUCAUCUCGGGAUCUCAGUUAAAACAUGUUCACACAGCCCACAUACAACUCCAAAAGCAUGUGUUGACCAAAGAUGAAUAUGUGGUUGUACAUAGAGGAUCGCUGCUUUAUUUUUACUUUGUUAGUUUUUAACACUAGGAUAAUCAUUUCUCGAAGAGAUUACAGAUUCCAUGAAAGACACUAGGAUGUCAAUGAAGAACUGUCCUACUGUGUUUGGGGACAGUGAUAAUAUGCUUAUGACACAAGUUCUCUCUCUCUUUCUCUUAUCUGAAAAGCUUCAAUUUUUCACUGCCUAUCAGAUGAGAGCAUGAAACAAUAUUAAGUAACUAAUUUGGGCCUUACCAUCCAGCAAUACUUGGCACAGAGAAGAUCACAUGUUACCUAGUCUUCUCUCCUUUUGCCAAUACCUAUCUCAGUCAGAAUAUCUCUGGCUUCUCCCCCCAGUCCUUUUCUUUUCUGCUCCUUGGGACACCCUGUGCUCUGUUCUCCAUCCAGCCUUCAUUCUCCAUAGCACAUUUCUCUAGUUUUAUUCCAUAAUGGGCAUCUUCUUUCUAAAAGGUGACCUUCUCUUUCCUUAUCACUUCUGUCACCACCUGGGUUUUUGGGAAUCCAACCUCUGUCUUCCCCCUCUCUCCCCUCUAAUCAUAUUUGAAUUGUGCCAUGGUUAUUCCAUAGCCAGGAAUAAAUAAAUUAACAUUUUUAUGUGAUAGCAAGACUCACAUUCCUGGAAAUGGAAGGAAUCAUGUAUUUCUGUCAAAGUAUGGGCUAUUACAAAGAGAAGGAGUGGCCUGCAGAGCAAGCAGCUUCUUUGAGUCCUUUGCAAUGAGAAGGAUGAUGGAGGAGAUGUUCUUGCUUCAUUCCUGUUUUGUUUUAGCCUAGAACAGGAAGUUUGAAUGAGACUAGUCAUACUGGCCCAUAUCACUUGAGAUUGCAGGUGGAGACAGUGGCGUGGUUGAAUGCUUCCCUGAGUAGAGGAUAAAAAUUCUGCAUGUAGAAAAUCAGUGUGUUGGGAAAGAAGGUUCUUCUAGCGUUGCUUUCUCCCUGUAACAUGCAAGACACUUAAUUAUGUGGAAAAGCAUUUCAUAAUGCCUCUUUCUAUAAUCAACCAACUUGAUUAUGGUCCACAAUGAACUUGACUAUGUAAUCUGCCACUUGUUUAUUGUGGCCCUUAGCCAAAGAUAGCCUUUCUUGUUCAGGGUUUUAGAUAGUCCCUGUUGCUUAGACCUGAAAAAAUAGAGAGUGGGAAAAUCCAGAAAAGAGGCAGAAGAGCAUUUAUUUCUGCUUUUUCCAACAUGGUGCCCACCAGAUCUGUUGGACUGCAGGUCCCACUAUUCUCGGCAUCAACCCAUGCUCUCUAUGACAAAGUACAGAGGAGAGAGGGUGGUCCAAAACAUCUGGAGGUCUCUAGGUUGGGAAAAGUUGCAAUAGAAUGUUUCUACUCUGUGAGGACCAUCUCUGGAUAGGAAGUUGUAGCACAGCUCUUCAAAGGGAGUAGGACCCCAAUCCUCUUAGGUAUAGGGCUAUUGUCCUACCCUGGUUUAAUCUCUCAGUCCAGUUAUUCCAAAGUGGGACAUGUUACCUGCUGAUUUGUUUGUGAAGAGUGUGUACAUUGUACAUCUGGUAAGGGAGGGGAAGUAUAAGAAGAUGGUGCAUAUUUGGUAUCCGUUCUGCACACUAGAUACCAACUCUGGAUUAUUGUUGAGUCUGUGAUCGAAACCUGUUUCAAGAAUCGUACCCUGUUACAGAGCCAUGCUAGUGCCUGCUGAUUUUUUUUCAGUAGUACAUAGCCGUUCCUCCUCCAGCCCACUCCCCCGCCACGAAGGGGGCGUUUCCUCCCUCUGCCCCUGUGCUGUGCCUUUUUAGCCAUACAGUGUCUGCCUGUGCAAAAUGGUGUUGUGCAACUUGCCUGUUUGUCUGGCCCCCCAGGCCCCUCUGGGAGGGCUCCUUGCACGCCUAUGCAUCCUUCCAUCCAAACGGCGACUAACUCCCACCCCCCUUCAGUGCACUCGCCCCUUCCUCUGGGCGGGAAGACCUUUGCACAGCACAGGUGGGGGGGGCAAAAAGGGAGCCCAACCAGCUUGCUUCCCACAGUUCUGUAUUCUCAACUUAAGCUGGGCUUUGCCCCUGUUCUCUGCUUCAGGCCAAGCAGGAGUCAGAGGCGUUCCGUAGCCUGUAUGUGCUUUCAUGUACAAUACUGUCUCCGCUAGGAGCCGUUUAAAGCAAUGAAUCUAUUGUAUAAAACAAUGUGUAAAGAGAGUCUUUUUACAUAAAUAUUCUAAUAAAUGAAUGUUUUAAUUUUUGA